AUGGCGGUGGUCGCAGAGGAAAUCAUAUUACCAGACAGCCACUUUGAGUCCCUACAUUGCAUCUUCGAGCAAUCGGCUGUGCCGCCCUCCGAUGGCCAUGCUACCAAGCGUCGCAAGGUCACCAAGGCUAACUCAAGAUGUCUGGUAGAUGGCAACGGUGAAUCUGCCACAGGGAUACCUCGAGGUUACAUUCCGCUGGCACGGUUGACAUUGCACAUGAAAUCAUCAUCUUCCGCCGUACUCAAGAGGGAACAAUUACAAGGUCUGGACCUAUUGCCCCCUCGGGUUCCCGUCAUCACAGAAGUCCGCAACAUUCGCCUACUCAACGAUGACGAUGACGAUGGAGACAGCGCGCUGCAGAAAGACUCCCUCCGCCAUGAGCCUUACGCUAUGGAACUUCAAAUACGUGAUCUCAAUGAAACCCAUACCUUUUCGCAUUUAUUUCAAGACUCGCGACUGUUUGAAUUGCUAGAGCAACUCCAACACGCCAGCGGUCUCAUCCAUGCAAACAAAUACUCUAACCAAACUCCAAUCGCCUGCUACCAGGCUUCCAUCUCGGUAUCACCAGGAAAAGAUGUGUUCAGUCUCCAUACCGUUGUUCUGUGGAAGGAUUCAAUCGAGAUCCCAGUCCUUUCCUACCUUCAAGAUCCGGUUUUGGAGAUUUUUACAAAAUAUGUGCUGCAGGAGCAUCUCAAUAACCCUUCAACUCCAUAUGAUCGGAAACAACGUCGUGAACAGAUGCUAGGUUCUCCUCAACACUGGUCCCCUCGGGAGUUUUACAAAAGUGUUCACGUUCCCCGAGCCUCCGAAGGUGCCUCGAACCUGACAUGUCCUGGGAUCGACUGCAGCCUUUUUCCAUUUCAGAAGAGAGCUCUUCGAUGGCUUUUAGAGAGAGAGGGAAUGGCGGUUCAGCAAGAUGGCACAGUCGUUCCGACAAAACAGAUCUCGAAAAGUGAGCUUCCGAUGUCUUUCGGAGAAAUGAAAUGUGCCGACGGGCAAACAUUUUACUUCAGCCGACUUUUCAUGAUUUUGACAACCGACAUCUCUAAGUGGUAUGAUUCUUCAGACAUCUUGAGGGGUGGGAUUCUUGCAGAGGAAAUGGGACUAGGCAAGACAGUUGAAAUGAUUGCUCUAAUAAGCCUUAAUCGCCGAAUCUCAGAGCAACAGCCAAAGGCUGACCCGGAUGGACUGAAGCCAUCUGGUGCGACACUUAUUAUCACACCACCCGCUAUUCUUGGGCAAUGGAAACAGGAGUUGACGAAACAUGCCCCUGAUCUGCGGGUUCACGUUUAUACUGGCAUCAAACGUGGGAAAGAGGAAACAGACGAUAUGAUUGUUGAUGAGCUUGCUGAGUUUGACGUUGUCCUAACCACCUACCCCGUCAUCUCUCGAGAAAUUCACUACGUGAGUGCCGUGCCAGCAAGAAAUUUCCGGCAUACAAAGCGAUUCGAACCCCGAAAGACACCCUUGGUUCGAAUUCAAUGGUGGCGCGUUUGUUUAGAUGAAGCCCAGAUGAUCGAAAGCGGUGUCAGCAACGCAGCAAAAGUAGCACGCUUGAUUCCUCGGGAGAUCGCUUGGGCUGUGACUGGCACGCCGUUGCGCAAAGACAUAGAUGAUCUGUUUGGGCUACUUCUUUUUCUGCACUAUGGGCCAUUUUGUUUCUCAAAUCCGCUGUGGAAAAGACUGUUUUCACGGUUUGGACCGGUCCUGACCACCAUCAUUAACAAAAUCACUCUUCGACACAGCAAGGAUCAAGUGCGUGACGAGCUUCGUCUUCCUCCUCAAAAACGCAUUGUUAUAACUACACCUUUCACGGCCAUCGAAGAACAGCACUACAGGCAAUUAUUUGAACAAAUGUGUGCGGAAUGCGGACUUGACGACUCAGGUGCACCCCUUAGAGAGACUUGGGAUCCUGAAGAUCCGAUCAUCAUCGAAAAAAUGCGUGUGUGGUUAACGAGACUACGCAAAACAUGUCUUCAUCCAGAAGUUUCUUCGGGCACUCGUCGCGCAUUGGGGGCAAAUAACGGGCCAUUGCGGACUGUGGACGAAGUUCUGGAGGUAAUGAUCGAAGCCAAUGAGACGGCUAUUCGCGCGGAGGAGCGCUCACUUCUUCUUUCUCAACUCCGAAGAGGCCAGCUUUUGGAGAACGCAAAGCGCCGCAUGGAGGCUCUUGUCUUAUGGCAAAAGUCAUUAGAUCAUGCAACCAAACUAGUUGAAACAAGUAGAGAACAAUUGCGACAACAGAGGAUGAAAAGCGACAGUGCUACAGACGGUAUAAAUGGAAUGAUAUCGGCAAUGGAACACUUGAACGAUGACGAGGCUGAAGAUUCUAACAACAGCCGCAUUGGUCAAUACAGGCUAAGGCUUCGAAAUGCGCUUGAGGUCCAGCAUAUCGCCGUUUUCUUCACAGCAAACGCUUUCUAUCAGAUCAAAAGUGAUCCGAGCUUAACCCAGCCGGACUCUGAUGAGUUCAAAUCUCUCGAAAAACGCGAAGAAGAUGGCUACGAGGCGGCCAAAAAUAUUCGCAAGGAGAUGUUGACAGAUAUUUCCCGAAAAGUUGAGCGCUACAUGAAGACAAUCAAGGAGAAGACACGAAAGAAGCAAUUUGUGACUAUUCCAAAAAUGAAGCCCAAUCUUUAUAGCGAGGGUCUCGAGUCUUAUCGAUUGCUCAGGAAGUUUGAAGACCUAUGUGCAGCACUCAACAAACAUGCUGAGCAGUAUAAUGAAUGGCGUGCUGCCAUGGUUAAACUUGUUUCACAGUCGCUCAUCGACCAGGAAGAAGAUGCAGAACUGGAGGGCAACGAGUAUGAGCGAUCUACAAAGCAUCAAGAUGAGAUGUAUGUCUAUAUGGAGGCUUUGCGCUCAAUGUACGCUGAUCGGCACGAUGCCCUCACCGGCCAAAAGAAUGUUCUCAUUUCCCACGAGGUCAAAGCAGGUCUUGUUCAGGCUCAGCGAGGCGAAGGGCCCUCUCCACAGCUAUUUCUCAAGAUUAUGGAUGCUCGCAGUGAGCUCAUGCCAGAUCCCCAGCUUGGGUCACUCCGCGGUAUUGUCGGUGAACUUCGUACUAUUCUGACCUCUUUGGACUGGCAAGCUAGUUCUGGAAGCUCGCGUGCCCGUGCUGAACAUGAAAUAGUACAUUUGGUUUUGAAAAAUGCCGGUCAAAUGAUGUCGGAUCAACUGAAGGUCUCAUCCAAUCUGGAAAAAGAAGUCGAGAUGUUCCGCGACACCAUGAACAAUCGGCUCGAAUUUUAUCGCCACCUGCAGCAGAUCUCAGAUACAGUAGCUCCGUACGACGAGGAAAGUGCAGGCAAGCCACUUGAUGACGAGCUUUUCAACUCGAGACUCCGGCAGGAGGAGAUCCUUGACGGCAAAAUCUCUUCGCUCAAGUCAAAAGGAAGAUACCUCAUUCACUUGAGGGAUGAUUCCAGCGUCGAGAAUACCUCGAGGAUCUGCAUUAUCUGCCAAUCAACUUUCGAAGUUGGUGUAUUGACUGUUUGUGGUCAUAAGUAUUGCAGUGAUUGUAUUCGCAUGUGGUGGCGUUCUCACAAGACCUGUCCGGUGUGCAAGAAGACACUGAAGCUCGCGGACUUUCAUCAGAUAACAUACAAGCCACAGGAAUUAGUUGCCCAGGAAGAAGAAUCAUCUCACAAACAGGGCCACGAACAGCAUGCUGAAAACGCAAUCUAUAGUGACAUCAGCUCUGGACUUCUGAGGGAGAUCAAGAAUAUUGAGCUGAAUGACUCCUUUGGAACGAAGAUUGACACCUUGGCUCGUCAUAUUUUGUGGCUACGAGAACAUGACCCUGGGGCAAAGUCGAUUGUCUUCUCCCAGUACAAGAGCUUUCUGACGGUACUUUAUGAGGCAUUUUGUCGCUUCAAGAUUGUCAGUAGUAGCAUUGACAGGCCGGAUGGUAUUGAGAGUUUCAAGAGGGAUCCAACGGUUGAGUGCUUCUUGUUACAUGGAAAGGCACAGUCAUCUGGGUUGACUUUGAUAAACGCAACCCAUGUCUUUCUUUGUGAACCGCUUAUCAAUACGGCAAUCGAACUCCAGGCUAUCGCUAGAGUACAUCGUAUUGGCCAGCAUCAGCCAACAACGGUGUGGAUGUACCUUGUCUCUGGCACUGUCGAGGAAUCCAUCUAUCAGCUUUCUGUCACUCGACGACUGGCUCACAUCAUUGAGAAAGAGAAGCAUGAAAAAACAGGUCAUUCAGCGGACGCUCCUAACGGCAAUGGUCAUCUCAUCGAAGAUCUGACAGAGACGGCCCUCGACUCGGCUAACUCUAUGGAAAUGCAGGAGGCCAGCCUCGCUCAAUUGAUGACAAGUGGUCCAUCAGAUGGAGAGCUGGUGAAGCAGGAUGACCUUUGGCAAUGUCUCUAUGGUAACACAGCCGAUAAGGAUGGCAAUAAAUCCUCCAUGGAGGCCGAGAGGGAAGUUGGCCGGUUCUUGAGGGGUGAGGCUGCUGAGCACAGAAGGGGUGAAUAA